UGUGGGACAGCUGGUGCUGGUGGCAGCCGAGGGGCCGGAGGCAGAGGCCGUGGCGGCCCGGAGCGAGCUGCGCUGCAGGGAGCUGCAGCAGCCGCCGCCGCCCCCGCACAAGAGGAACCUCGGCUGCCCACCGACCCUUCCUCACUUUUGGAAAUGGCGGGCGAAAUCACAGAGACCGGGGAGCUCUACUCUCCCUACGUUGGACUGGUGUACAUGUUUAACCUCAUCGUGGGCACUGGUGCGCUCACCAUGCCCAAGGCCUUUGCCACCGCUGGGUGGCUUGUCAGCCUGGUCCUGCUGGUGUUCCUGGGCUUCAUGAGCUUUGUGACGACCACCUUUGUAGUGGAGGCCAUGGCAGCAGCCAACGCUCAGCUCCACUGGAAGAGGAUGGAAAAUCACCAGGAGGAGGAAGAUGAUGACUCCUCCACAGCCUCUGACAGUGAUGUUCUCAUCCAGGACAACUAUGAGCGGGCAGAGAAGCGACCCAUCCUGUCUGUGCAGAGGCGUGGAUCUUCGAACCUUUUUGAAAUCACAGACCGGGUGGAAAUGGGACAGAUGGCCUCCAUGUUCUUCAGUAAAGUGGGGGUCAACUUGUUCUAUUUCUGUAUCAUCAUUUACCUGUAUGGGGACCUGGCCAUCUAUGCUGCCGCCGUGCCCUUCUCCCUCAUGCAGGUGACCUGCAGCACCACUGGCAACGACUCCUGUGGUGUGGAGGCCGACACCAGGUACAAUGACACUGACCUGUGCUGGGGGCCCCUGCGCCGAGUGGACGCCUACCGCAUCUACCUGGCUGUCUUCACUCUCCUCCUUGGACCCUUCACCUUCUUUGACGUCCAGAAGACCAAGUACCUGCAGAUCCUGACCUCCCUGAUGAGAUGGAUAGCUUUCGCCAUCAUGAUCGUGCUGGCCCUGGUCCGCAUCGGGUACGGGCAUGGGGAGGGGCAUCCACCGAUGGCUGACUUCUCUGGGGUCCGGAACCUGUUCGGGGUGUGCGUCUACUCCUUCAUGUGCCAGCACUCCCUGCCUUCCCUUGUCACACCCGUCUCCUCCAAGCGCCACCUCACACGCCUGGUCUUCCUGGACUACGUGCUGAUCCUGGCCUUCUACGGUCUCUUGUCCUUCACCGCCAUCUUCUGCUUCCGCGGCGACAGCCUCAUGGACAUGUACACCCUCAACUUCGCGCGCUGCGACAUCGUGGGCCUGGCUGCCGUGCGCUUCUUCCUGGGCCUCUUCCCCGUCUUCACCAUCAGCACCAACUUCCCCAUCAUUGCCGUGACCCUCCGCAACAACUGGAAGACACUGUUCCACCGCGAGGGGGGCACAUACCCCUGGGUGGUGGACCGCGUGGUGUUCCCCACCAUCACCCUGAUGCCGCCUGUGCUGGUGGCCUUCUGCACCCACGACCUGGAGUCCCUGGUGGGCAUCACGGGGGCCUACGCUGGCACAGGCAUCCAGUACGUCAUUCCCGCCUUCCUGGUAUACCACUGCCGCAAGGACACCCAGCUGGCCUUUGGCUACGGGACUGUCAACAAGCACAGGUCCCCUUUCCGCCACACCUUCUGGGUGGGCUUUGUGCUGCUCUGGGCUUUCUCCUGCUUCUUCUUUGUCACCGCCAACAUCGUUCUCAGCGAGUCCAAGGUCUGAUGGCAGAAUGUGUCUGGUGACAAGAUGGAUGGGGGCCCCACCCCCACCUCCCCACCUGCAGAGCCAAGAUCUAGUUGCCUCCCAGGUCUCCAUGGGGCAGGCGCAGCUGGGGCUCUUGGAGGGGAUUUUCCAUAUCUCCAGGUAGGGAUCUUCUCCCCACCCAGGAUUCCGCACAGUGGAUGAUUCCACAGAUUCGUCCAGGGUGGCCCUCCUCCUAGGUCCUCCUGCGUAAGGCUGCCCCCAGCCAGUUGAGCCACACAACCCAGGCACAUGGCUGCUCCCAGAUUCCAGGACUGGUUACUGCUUUACACACACACCCCACCACCCCCACCAGCAGGAGCGGGCUCCUCCCUCACACAGUGGAGACUGCAGUGCUGGCACUGCCAUUAUUUAUACCAAUCACCAUGUCCCCCUCGCCCUCCUUCCCAGCCCCCUCCCACAUCCUCAUCUGCUCCACUAGUAGCUGCUCCCUCAGGGCGAAUCCCAAGCCCUGACCCUCCCUGCUGGGCCUGCCAGUGGCAAGCAAAGCCCACUUCCCUGUCAGGCCUGGAGUCACCAAGGCCACUCCUACGGGAGGGCCUGGCCAGCCCCAAUGACAAGAAUAGGAAGUGCUACUCAGCACCAGGGUCCUUGGACCAGAGCUCUGUGGGCCCUUGCUGUGGGCGCCAGCUCCUGUCCUGGGCUCCUGAGCCCGUGGUAACUCGGGAGCAGCAGGCGGAAGCAGCCCUUCUGUGAGAGCAUGGCAGCGCGCAUGUGCUAGAUUUAAAGCCCAGUGCUUGUGACCCCUGAAAGGGAUCCUCUGCUCUCCUGACUGCCCCACUGGGGUCCUCAGGCCUCUGUCAGUGCGGAGGGCAGCAUACAAGGGCCACUAGAUGGGAGCUACCCCCACCCGCCACCAAGGUGGCUCAAGAGUGCCCUGGGCAUGUACUGGCCAGUGGGUUCCAUGGUUCCCACCCAGUAAGAGGUCAGGCCUGCUCCCACUCCAACACUAAAGGUGGCUCCCUUUCAAGCCGGGCUGUGGGUGCUCGCUGUGCACACACUCCAUGUCUCCUGGGUGCCAUGGGGUGAGGUGGGACACCGGCCACCAUUCCCAUGGAAGAAAAGCCAGGUUCCCAGCCACCUCACCGCUCCUCCAUGGUACCCUCCCUCUCACAAUCAUGCAUGCACCUGCUGGGCCAGCCUGCCUCGGAAACACAAGUGACUCUAAUGAACUCUGUAUUUUCAACGUGCCUUCUGCUUCAGGACCUGGGGGUCCUUCCUGAUCCUCCCUGGUGUGCCCCCAGCCCUGGGCGUCUCUGGGGUGGGGUCUCAGGCCCCUGCCCCCCCUCUUGAUUUCAGUGCCUUGCUCAGCUCUCUUUAGGGAACCUCCGAAGCCUCCCCCUGCAUCUCACCGUCUUCGUACCACGGACAGAGCGAUGAUGCUGGGUCUUCGGGGGCCAUGGUCUCAGGGGAGGGGGGAGAGGAACAUGGGGGAGUCCGCAGGCAGCGCCACCCCCACCUCUGGCCCUUGGCAGCCCCAGCCUGUGAGAAUCCCGUGUCAUAAUUGGCCGUGAUCUGCUUGCUCACUGUUGUCGCACGUCUUUAGUCCUCACAACCUGUCUCCUCGUACUGUUAUUUUCCAUCCACGUGAAAAAUAGAUGCCCCUUCCCCAUCUGCCAUUGUGGCUCCUUUCCAGGAGGCCCUGCCCCGGGGUGGGCAGAGCAGGGAGGGUUCCACGGUGGCCCAGUCCCCUGUGGCUCGGGCCCUCCCUGGAGUGUCUGGCUGUUUGCUGAAAACUCAAUUAAAACAUCUGUACUUAGCCUUCUCCAAUUACGUUCCCUCUUGCUUAAGGACAAAGCAAAUUAAGUCAUCCUGCCGCCCCAGGCUUCAAACCAAAUAUUGGACGUGAAUUUAUUAGCAUCAUAAAGCCCAAGUUGAUUUAUGUGACAAUCUGGAGCCAUACAGCAGUGGAGUCCGCGGCUGCAUUCCCCUCCUCUGAGCUGAGCAGCCCCAGUCCUGGAGGGAAUUGGCCCAAGGUGACCAGGUCACUGAUGGCAAGCCAGGGUCCUCGCCACUGCCACUGCCUGGGUUCCUUUGCUCCCCGGUGUUCACCUGCUGUCCAUCCUGCGAGAGGUCAGAUGGCGUCGCCUUCCUCUCUACUGCUGAUAGCCAGGGCUUGGGGCAAGGGGGAGAGGACCCCGACCGCUAGCAUUCCCCAGGUGACACUUGCUCGCUGCGUGCAUCAAGCACAUUUGGCUGAGCUUUUACGUCAGCUCGGUGAGGUGGGCAGUCGGGUAAUGGUUUCCAUUCUAUAGAUGGAUGGACCCCCAGGGUCGGUGGUGGGGAGGGCAGAAGAUGCCAGCCUGGCCUGGCCCAGGUCAAGUGUCACUGUGGAGGAAGACAUAAACUCAGCAGCCUCCACUCGACGUCCUCUGCCCACACUGCCCCAGAGCAGCCCCGAGGGCAGGCCAGGUCAAGGUGGGAGUCAGCGUUCUCCGCCUCCUUCCCUGCCGGAGCACCAGAGCCUCGUGCCGUCGUG